UUCAUGGCACAUAAAGCUCAGGGUCAAACAAUGUCUUCCACGAUUGUUGAUCUCAACAGCUGUCGAGGAACAGAGAUGCCAUAUAUGAUGAUAUCAAGGGUAAAGUCACUCAAUGGUUUGUUGAUCCUACGUUCCUUUUCUAUGAAUGCUAUCACCAAAUGGCCUCCGGAAGAAUAUCGUAAGGAAAUGAAACGGCUCAAUGUUCUUCGCCUACUAACC